GUGAUAUCACCCAAAAGGGCUAUGAGAAAAAGAAAGCCAAACUGUUGGGAUCAUAUCUUCCUAGCCAUGCUCCAGCGCUACCUGUUGUUGCUGGUGCCGCUAGUCCAUCUACUCGAGCGAAACGGCGAAAUCAACGCAGACUUACACGGCACGAGAGUAGAUAUCACUCAGAAGUUAGACAAGAGGCUGUUCAGCAGGCCUUGGCUGCUAUGCAGAAUAGAGGUAAACCAUCAGUUCUAAUGCCCUCCAAACGAACCUCUGUAAUGGCCACAUCUCCUUCUAGAGAAAGACGUCUAUUAGACUCAUCAUCAGAUGAAGACAGUGUCCUGAAUGAAGAUAGCACUCCAGAACAGGAAAGUUCCUCACAAACUUUCCAUCAAGCCUAUGGAGUCCAAUCUGAUACAUCUAGUACAUCUUCAAAUAUAGAAACUCCUCCUAACCAGACAGACAGUCGCCUCGACAGUGGUGGUAGUAGUAGCAGUCGUGGAGAUUUUGGGUUUGAACAUAGUAAAAGUCUUAAUGAGGGUAUGACAAACUUAGCAGAUGUGAUGCAGAACCUUACGCCUCACUUGAGGACUCAACCAGAUCUCACAAGCAACACGGGGAUUCAACAUCAGGGAGAACAAUUCCACAGAUACAAUCAAGCUCAUAUGUCUUCUGUACGAGUAACACAACACUCAGCAGCAGGAUUAAAGUACAACACAGGAACUGGAAAAUGGAAAGUAUCAUCUAAAAUUCAACAACUACUCAACACAUUAAAGCGUCCGAAGAGAAGACCUUUACCAGAGUUUUAUGUUGAUGAUGAAACAGACUUAGAAAUUGCAGCUAACCAAGUAGAUCCCAACUCACCUCAAUCAGAAGGAAGCACCAUGACACCUCAUUUAGGAGAGCAGCUAAUGGUACCUUCAGGUCUUCCUAUAACCUUAGAAGAAGCUGUCCAGAGGUAUACUAGAAAAUUGCUAAGUCGUACACAGAAAAUAGCUUAUAACAUUCUGAACAAAGCAGGAUCAAAAGGAGAAAUUGGAAUAAAACCUGGAGAUCGAGUAGCACUCGUGUACCCUAACAAUGAUCCAGUUUCUUUCAUGUGUGCAUUCUACGGAUGCUUAACUGUGGGAGUAGUACCAGUUCCAGUUGAUGUUCCCCUUACGAGGAGGGAUGCUGAUUCACAACAAAUAGGGUUUUUGCUAGGUAAUUGUGGAAUUAAUUAUGCUCUCACUUCUGAAGCAUGUUACAAAGGACUACCUAAGACUGCUACUGGAGAGAUUCACACAUUCAAAGGUUGGCCAAAACUUCACUGGUUUAUCACUGAAAAUCUUGGCAGGCCUCCUAAGGAUUGGAUGCCACCUCCUAGGUUAACAGAAGAAGCUGUUGGUUAUAUAGAGUAUACUGUUGAUAAAGAUUACUCCAUGAAAGGUGUCACAGUAACCAGAUCAGCUCUUGUAAAUCAUUGUCGAGCUUUAACUGCAGCAUGUAAUUAUACUGAAGGAGAAGUAAUGGUGUGUGUUCUAGACUUCAAAAAAGAAGUUGGUCUGUGGCAUAGUAUUCUCACUAGUGUUUUCAAUGGCAUGCAUGUUAUAUUUAUUCCAUAUUCACUCAUGAAGAUUAACCCAGCAUCCUGGAUGUUAAUGAUAACCAAAUACAAAGCCACCUCUGCUAUCUGCAAAUCACGGGAUUUACACUGGGGUCUACUGGCUUCGAAGGACCACAAAGAUGUCAAUCUUAGUUCUUUAAAAAUGCUACUUGUGGCUGACGGAUCAAACCCAUGGUCUUUGUCUUCUUGUGAUCAAUUUAUGAGUGUGUUCCACAGUAGAGGACUACGGCCCGAUGCUGUUUGCCCAUGUGCAGCCACUGAAGAGUGUCUGACUGUGGCCAUCAGAAGGCCAGGUCGAACAGGACCUGGGUCUAGUGGUAGAGGAGUCUUGUCGAUGUCAGCUUUAAGUUAUGGAGUUAUCCGAGUAGAUCAAGAAAAUAGUCUUACAUCUCUCACUCUGCAAGACUGUGGACAGGUCAUGCCUGGUGCUGUAGUAGCAGUUGUUAAAGUGGGUGAUCAACCGUAUCUCUGUAAGACUGAUGAAGUAGGGGAGCUGUGCGUAAGCUCGUCGAUGAUUGGAAGUUCUUACUGGGGACUUCAAGGUCUCACCAAUAGUGUAUUUAAGAUGCAACCUUUACAUCCUGAUGGGAGGGCUGUGAGUGAACAGAAAUUUGUGAGGACUGGUUUAUUGGGCUUUGUUGGGCCUGGAGGCCUUGUGUUUGUCUGUGGUACUCGAGAUGGCUUGAUGCAAGUAAGUGGGAGGAAGCAUAACACUGAUGACCUCAUAGCAACUAUUCUGGCUGUAGACCCAAUGAAAUUUAUUUAUCGUGGCAGAAUUGCUGUAUUCUCAAUUCGUGUGCUCAGGGAUGAAAGAAUCUGUGUUAUAGCAGAACAAAGGCCUGAUUGCACCGAGGAGGAGAGCUUCCAAUGGAUGAGCAGAGUUUUGCAAGCUGUAGACAGUAUCCACCAAGUGGGCAUUUACUGUUUAGCUCUAGUCCCACCAAACUAUUUGCCAAAGACUCCUUUAGGUGGUAUCCACUUGUCAGAAACCAAACGAAGAUUUCUAGAAGGAAGUCUCCAUCCUGCUAAUGUCUUAAUGUGUCCCCACACCUGUGUUACAAACCUUCCUAAACCUCGUGAAGUUCACUCAGAUGUCGGUCCUGCUUCCGUGUUAGUUGGAAGUAUGGUACAGGGAGUGAGACUUGCAUCGGCACAAGGAAGAGACAUAGCGUUAGUUGAAGAUGUUGGUGAUGCUACACGCAAGUAUCAAUUUAUCUCUGAGGUGCUGCGAUGGAGGGCAGCUACUACACCCGAUCACACAAUUUUUACAUUACUGAACUCCAAAGGAAGCAUAGCAACAUCUCUUACGUGCUCACAACUACAGAAGAGAUCAGAAAGAGUUGGUUGUAUGUUGUUAGAGAAAGGAAAGCUCAACACAGGUGACCAUGUGGCUCUUAUCUACCCUCCAGGUAUCGACCUUAUCUGUGCCUUCUAUGGCUGCCUUUAUGUUGGUGUUGUUCCAGUUAGUAUUAGACCGCCUCAUCCCCAGAACUUGCAAACAACACUGCCAACUGUAAGAAUGAUUGUUGACAUCAGCAAAUCUGUGAUAAUUUUAUCAACGUCUCCUGUCAUAAAGCUCCUCAAGUCAAAGGAAGCAGGAAAUGUAGUGGACAUCAAGUCAUGGCCCACAACUCUUGACACUGAUGACCUACCCAAGAAGAAGAUGGCUAAUAUAUAUAGGACAGCCACUCCAGAAAUGAUAGCCUACUUAGACUUCAGUGUUAGCACAACUGGAAUGUUAGCUGGAAUAAAAAUGUCACAUGCCGCAGCUACGUCUCUUUGCAAAAGUAUAAAACUAGCAUGUGAAUUAUACCCCUCCCGUCAUGUAGCUCUAUGUUUGGACCCUUAUUGUGGUUUGGGGUUUGUGCUUUGGUGUUUGAAUAGUGUGUAUUCAGGCCACCACUCCAUUCUUAUCCCACCUUCGGAAAUAGAAGUCAAUCCAGCCCUCUGGUUAUCAACACUUAGUCAAUAUAAAGUUCGAGAUACCUUCUGUUCUUAUGGAGUGAUGGAGCUGUGCACUAAGGGACUUGGAUCUUCUAUUAAUCAACUUAAACGAGGUAUGAAUUUGAAUUGUGUUCGAACGUGUGUGGUUGUGGCAGAAGAACGACCUCGAGUCACUCUCACCAACUCCUUUUCCAAACUCUUCUCAAUCAUAGGACUCUCUCCACGUGCUGUCAGCACUUCUUUUGGUUGUCGAGUUAAUGUAGCUAUUUGUCUUCAGGGAGCCUCUAGUCCAGACCCCACAACAGUGUAUGUAGAUGUACGGGCUUUGAGAAAUGACAGGGUGACCGUAGUUGAACGAGGUGCACCUCAUAGUUUGUGUCUUGUAGAAUCUGGAAAGUUGUUACCUGGAGUAAAAGUUGUUAUUGCUGACCCAGAGACCAAAGGUCAUUGUGCUGACUCCCACUUGGGAGAGAUUUGGGUACAGUCACCUCACAGUUGUACUGGCUACUUCACUAUAUAUGGGGAUGAGUCACUCCACAGUGACCAUUUUAAUGCACGUUUGAUUACAGGUGACACUGCACAAACAUAUGCACGCACAGGUUAUUUAGGAUUUUUACGAAGAACAGAGUCGGUACAAGCAGAUGGUGAACUUCAUGAUGCAGUAUUUGUGGUGGGCUCUCUAGAUGAAACUCUUAUGCUACGAGGAAUGCGAUACCAUCCCAUAGACAUUGAGAACAGUGUCCUUCGUUGCCACAAGAAGGUAUCAGAAUGUGCUGUGUUCACGUGGACAAAUCUCUUGGUGGUGGUAGUGGAACUUGAUGGGAAUGAGAACGAAGCUUUGGAUGUGGUUCCCCUGGUAACCAAUGUUGUUUUGGAAGAACAUCAGCUCAUCGUGGGUGUCGUUGUCGUUGUGGAUCCUGGUGUUGUCCCCAUCAACUCGCGAGGUGAAAAGCAGAGAAUGCACCUCCGAGAUGGGUUUCUUGCUGACCAGCUUGACCCAAUAUAUGUUGCAUAUAACAUGUGACUACCCUACCGGUCUUCAUGGGUUGAAUGACAAGAUUUUUUAAUUAAACCAGUCACUAAACAAAACUGUCUGCAUGAUACGGAUUAAACCAUUUAAUGGUUUAUGAGGAACUAUUUUACAAUCAUACAUAAUGUAAAAUACAACUUUCUGACUUGUUUGAAUCAUGUGUUUAAAAGUUUUGAUUGUAAUAUACACUCCUACUAUUGUGAUAAUAUUUGAGCAUUGUCUAGUGUAAUGAGCGAAAAAUUCUUGGUAUGCAACCUGUGAAGGCUUGAUUGACUUACAUUACAUAAACUACUGUUUCUUAUGUAGUACACAUAGUUGUUCAUAUUGGCAGUUCAUUAUUUAUCUAAUAUAUCCUGAUUGUUCAACAAAUCAGUUUAAGUGUAAAGAACGGUUAAUGCAAUCAAAAGUUGUUGUUAAUGAAUUGGAAGCUUUGUUCUCCUUUUAAAAACUAGAGCAUAGUUGUAUGCUACGUUAACUUGUAAACGUUAAUUAUUUAACCUACCUUAGUAGAACAAUAACCUAAGCCAGUCAGAAAAAGUUACUGCUUUAAAUGCAAUAUAUAUUUUGUAUUUAAUAGAGCUAGGAAGAAAGGCAGCUAUAAUUAACAGUCAACCAUAGGUAUCAAAAUAAUGUCAAUCUAUAAAAGUGCAUUUGGUUUGUAAAUGCUUGGCUUGGUUCCAGCUCAACAUACAGUAAAUGUACAACGUUUCGACAAGGCUUUGUCAUCAUCAGGUACAAGUAGUUUAC